CUGCAGCACGUAGUAAACAGAAAAUCACAAUUGGAUCGAAAAAUCGCAAAUUGCCAUAAAACAGUGCACUCGCGUGUGCAAAUAUUAGCGCAAUUUAUUAGCAGAGUGAGAGGGCUGGGCGGUAAAGACGCCACCACAACCCACCCACUCCCACUCUCUCUCUAGCGCCAUCUCGCUCGCUCUGUUUUGAAAGGCCUGCCAUGGGUGUGUGCGUGCGUGUGUGAGUUGGGGCUCUGCGGCGGAGUAACAGUAACAGUUGCAGCAGCAGCAGCAGCAGCAGCAGCAGCAGUUGCAGUUGCAUUUACCGUUACAAAGGAGCGGCGUUCGGGUGAGUGCGCGCAUAAUUAGUUAAUGCGGAAAUAAGUCGCAUUUCACUUUAGUCGCCCCAACACUGCGUUCAAAAUCAGUGCCUGUGUAACGAAAUUACAAUUACAUACAUAUUUUCAAGAGAUCGUCCCCGACAUGGAUGACUCGGAAUUCAUGUUCAACGAGAAGCAAUCGAUCCGGGACUCCGGGCGCACCCUGAAGCGCUACGGGAGCACCUGCUGCAACAGCCUCCGGAACAAUGAGACCCUCAUCCGGCACAUCGUCGAGAAGACGGACACGCUGCAGGGCAUCGCCCUCAAGUACGGCUGCACGACGGAGCAAAUACGGCGGGCCAACCGGCUCUUCGCCUCGGACAGCCUGUUCCUGCGUCAGUUUCUCCUGGUGCCAGUGGAGAAGAACUCCCCGUACUAUCCCCAGGUGCCUGGCGAUUCGAUAGCCGCCUUCGAUGCCGUGCUGGCCACGCCACCGGGCACUCCGGAUGCCAAUGGACAGCGGGAGGCGCACAACAAUGCCAACAAUCUGAGCCAGAGCAACAAGAGCUUCAUGAAGAGCAACGACAUCAGCAGCAGCAACAGUAGCAGCAGCAGCAGCAGCAGCAGCAGUGGGAGCAGCAGCAGCUGCAACACAAGUGGCACCGGUCCCAUCUCUGGAGGAUCGCGUUCCGGCGGCAACCAACAGCAGCAGCAACAGCCCCCACAACGGCCGUACUCCAUUGCCGGGGAGCUGCUGGUGGUGCAGGCCGGCGACGAGGAUCCAUCGAUGAUGCACGGCCACGGUGGUUGCAGCGGCAAGCAGAGCAAGAGCCUGGACUCGGUGGCCGCCAUGACGCCCGAGGAGGAGAACAGGAAAUGCAUGAACGACUUCCUCAACAAGAUAGACAACACCAUUUCCGAGUCGCGCAAAUAUGUGGAGCGCUCCAAGGACCUGGUCAGCAGUCAAAGUGAAGCGGACAUCUGCAUCAGUGCCACCGCCGACGUUUUCCCGCAGCGCCGCCAUCCGCUGAACAACUCCUACAAGACCAACAACAACGACCGUCCGUCGCAGUACCAGCGCCACAGUUCGACGGGCAGCGGGAACUCCUCGGACACGGCGCACCUGCUGAACACGACGCAGACGCGACGAGUCCAGAAUUCGCUUAAGCGGCUGGAGAAGCAGCAGGACGACUUCUUUGAGUUGUAGCAUCCGUCGGCGGGACGCAAUCUAGCCUAAUUACGCAGAGAGUUAAUUUUACAAUUCGUUUUUAAUUGCCGCGCAUUGGGGAGACGACUUAGGUCAGCAUGUUGCAUCACACGGAAAUGCCGCACUCUAAAUGUAAUAUAAAAAUAAUGAUAUCUAUCGACACGUAUGCGCGAUACCUUACCUAUACGAUUAAACAUUAUCUAAUGUAAUUGAGUAACUGAGCUAAAACCUAAACUAAACUAUAUACCUAAACUAUGUACUAAGCGCUGCGCUAUGUAAACCUGUAGUACGAUGACAAGGCCGAUCUGUCCCCCUUAUUUUGAUCUUGUGUCAGCCCUGUAUAAUUGCCGCCACUUUGCUUGCAAGAUUCGAUCUGAACACCGCGUCGUACAGAUCCGGAAGCCUUCUGUCCUCCUGUCCGCCCUCCUGCCCCCAUUAUGUUUACUUUUUGUAUGACUGUAGCUUUAAUCACACUGUGUAUAAUUUAGUUAUGAGAAUUAUUAAUGUUAAUUGUAUAUAGUCGCCAAAAAAACACAACAAUCCACUGGACUGCUCUGAUCGCUAAAACACGAAAUUGGCCAACUGUUGACGUGUAAUUUUAAUUUAUUUUUUAGCUUUCCCAAGUAUUAAACCACAAACGUUCUAUUAAAAAAAAAAAAA